CAAAGGCCCUUGGAGAUGUCUCAAUUGCAGCAACAGCGCCUCCUUUCUCCUUCCCCAAAUCCUCUCACUCCUCACUCCGGGCCGUCCGCCCGUAGAUUCCAGAUCGGCGGCGGGAUGGCCGGCGGCGCGGCGGACGGGCGACAGAUCCGCGUGGAUUCGGCCGUCCUCGAGCACCAGCCCGAGUCCCCUCCUCGUCCGCUGCCGCGGCCGCAUGGCGCCCGGGAAGUUUCCUCGCCGCCGCUCCCAGAGGAGCUCCUGUUGGACAUCUUCCGCCGCAUUCCCGACCCGGCCGACCUCGUCCUCACCUCCGCCGCCUGCGUCACAUUCCGCCGCCUCAUCACCGACCGCUCCUUCCUCCGGCAGUACCGCAAGCUCCACGCCCCGCCCCUCCUCGGCUUCCUCCAGUACGGAGACAAUGUCUUCCACCCUGCGGUCCCGCCUCACCCCUCCGCGCCGGCAGCUCGGGUCGUCGCCCUCGCCGGCGACUUCUCCUUCUCAUUCGUCCCCGCCCCUGACCCCGCUCACCGCUGGGUCGUCCGGGACAGCCGAGACGGCCGCGUCCUUCUUGAAGCAAGCCCCCGGGAAGGUUAUAGUGCCCGUGGAGUCGUCUUCACAGAGUUGGCGGUGUGCGACCCGUUGCACCGGCAGUAUCUCCUGCUUCCCCCAAUCCCCGGUGACCUAGCAGCUGCCGUGGAGGACCCGCUCAUGCGAAUACGGCCGCAUUUCAGCGAGACAUUCCUCGCUCCGCAAGGCGACGGCAAUGAGGCAUCAACUGCUGAAGAGACGUCAUUCAGAGUGAUCUGGAUGGUCCAGUGCGAAGCUAGGGUCGUGGGCUUUGUCUUCUCUUCCAGCACCAGGCAAUGGCGAGCCAUUCCAUCCCAGAGUUGGGCCAAUUUGUUAGCUGGCUUCGUGUCAUCGACUGGGUUGGCACUCUUCUACGGGCGCCAAUGUACGUGUGACUACUUUUACUGGCUGCCAAACUGUCAGUACGAUUUGAAAAUGUUGGUGCUCGACACCCUGAGGAUGGAGUUCUCCGUUGAUGAACCCCCAACUGAAGCCAAAAAUGCGUUAUUUCUUGGUAUAACCAUGAUGGAGACAGGAGAAGGCCGUCCUAGAAUGCUUGCUGGUACCUAUGACAUGACUUGCGGCAAUCAUACCCUUUGGAGGAAAAAUGGUGGGAGCACCAGCCAGUGGCAGAAGGAGAAGAUGGUCUCACUCUCACCGGGCCCUCGGGAUGUGCUGAGAUGUUCAAUUGGGAAUUAUUUGGUCCUGGAUCACUUUGGAAGCUCGUCGCUUGAGAAAGGCUUAUACACAGUGGACAUCGAAACAUUACAGCUUAAGAGAGUGUGUGCUUCAGUGCUUGGCAGCACAUAUUGCAACUACCCACCAUCGUUGUCGGUACCGAAAGUAUCAAGUGGAUGUUGACUUCAGAUAAGAUACAAGGAGCUAUAGCUGCUAUGGUUGCAACAAAAAACCGAAGCAAUUGUUACCAAUAAUGCUGUAAUGCAUCUCCUGUGUAUAUUGUGAGGAUAAUUGAAGGGUUGAGCUUGAUUGAUUUCUCAAGGGAGUACUAUCCCACCCAACAAUGGUGCUGCCAUUCAAAUAGCUACUAGCUUGUGGUCAGAAACUGUUUGAUUCGAAAUAAGCUUCUCAAGAUAAAUUAGAGGCAGGGCAACCAUGAAGCUACUAGCUUUAUGAAGUCUUCCAACACUUACUUCUAUGAUUCAUUUAUAAAUGAACACAUCUAUGUGCAAAUUGCAAUGAAAACAAACAAAACUGAGUGUUUGACGUCAAUCUUACUAACUGUGCUAUUGGGAAAAAGAAUUCUGAAGGUUGAUUUUCCAUUCAUCGUGUGCUUUGUUUGUUUUAAGCUCUUGUAUUUUAUCAUAGCUAUUCUACUAGCUUCUUCAGUUCUACAUAUGUUUCCUCUUGGGCGAUUUGCCAGGUGUUACCCAGUACUCCCCCCAUUCCUAAAUAUAAGUCUUUUUUAGAGAUUUCAAUAUGGACUACAUACGGAGCAAAUGAGUGAAUCUACACUCUAAAAUACGUCUAUAUACAUCCGUAUGCAGUCCAUAUAUAAAUCUCUAAAAAGACUUAUAUUUAGGACAGGAGGGAGUAUAAAGAGCCGUUGUUUGUUCCUUGUUGCUAACAAAUU